AUGCCUCCGAAGCCAAAUAUAAGUAACAAGAAGGCUAAGCUAUAUAAUAGUCGAUCUAUCAGAGCCGAGCUUACAGAUCCGAGCUUUAAUGAGGGUAAAUUAUCAGUUCCUGACUUCUUAUCCUCAAGAAACUUCGAAAUAAAAUCCUUUGAAUUAUCACAAUUAAACUCGAAAUAUGCAUCCUCAACAAGAUGUUUUCAAAGUCUCCCGAGAAAAUUAAGAAGAAGAACUGCAUCUCACAAUGUUAAGCGUAUUCCUAAGCGAUUAAGAAACAGGGCAUUAAGAGAAAUGCAAAAUUCAAUUAAUGGAUUACCACCCAAAAAGAAGCAUUUACGUGGAAGGGAAUUAUACAGAUUGAAAAUGUCCAAAAGAUUACUAAAGUUAGCAUCAAGAAUUAAAUCCUUAAGAUCGAUUCCAUCUGAAGAUAUUCAAAAUAAACCGUUAAAGUUACGUCAAAAAUUGAAAAUUUUGGAUGAACAAAUAAAGCUGCUUUGCAAGAAUACAGCUAAACCAACUUUAAAUAAUAAAAUGGGGUCGUACGAUAAUACGGGAAUAAAUGCAUUUGCCUCUAAACCAAGAGGAAACUUAAAAUAUGCAAAGAGACAAAACAACUUUGUUUGGAUUCCUACCCACGUAUGGCACGCAAAGAGGUUUCAUAUGAUUAAGAAAUGGGGUUAUCAAAUACCCCUUGAACCAACUCAGAAAUGUUUUAAAUCUACUAAUAGGGCUUCAAGAAAUGAAACGAUAAUAUAUGAUACCUCGUACUAUGACUGCUUAAUCGUGGAAACUGUCAACAGUGCGGAAGCUAACACCUUUUUGAAUAUCAUUACAAAACUAAAGGGGGAUAUACCUAAAAAAAUAUUAAGCGGCCAUAAAUGUUAUGAUGAUUGGUUAUUUAAGGAUGGGAAGAGAAUUGGGAUGGGCUUAGUCUUUUCUGUCGAAGAUUUAAACAAAAUAUUAAUUCGAGUUCAUCCGUCGUUGUAUGAUGAAUUUUUUGAAUAUGUCAAAUCAUUGUUGAAAGUAUCUGAAACGGGCAAUAAUGUUUUUGAUUGUCGGUACUCAUUAGGUAGUAUAGAGCUUAAUGGCCCCAAAUCCGUUAAUUCUUUAAGUAAAGUACUUCAUUUAAACUCUUCAGAUCCAAUUACUAAAAACUGGUUUGAGUUAGCAAAGUUAAAUGACCCCAAUUCUGUACCUAAUGGAACAACCUUUAGUUUUAAUAUUAAAGACCCAAGAUUUUUCAAAUCUCCCACGAAUGUACCUUAUAAUACUGACGUUGUCAAUUUUAACGAUUUAAUUGUUCGCUUAUCUCAAGAAAGAACAAUUGAUAUAGAUACCCUCGACGUACUAUUGGAUAAUGGUAAGAGAAAUAAUACCUACUGCGACCAACUCUCGACAAAGGAGAUAAGCCGUGAAUUUCAAAAGGACAAAGUUGUCCAGAAAAUGCACGAAUUUCCUGUUUUAAUCACCAAAUUGAAAUCAUCAAAUAACUGGACUCUUAUAUGCCCGUGGUAUUGGACAUUGCCAAUCUGGCUAAAACUAAAUCAGAUCCAUCAUAUAAGUACGGGUGGAAUAAAACAAUUACAUCAAAUAAACUUUGAACAUUGCAGAGCCCUGUAUCCGAUUGAUUUUCAAUUUUUGAAGGAAGGAUAUUUAGAAAACAAGUUCAAAAGCACAAUCGCCGAAGCACAAUAUGCGAAAAAGCCAAAAUCCAAAAGACCAAAAUAUGAAAUAUCUGAAGGCAUUAUUAGUCCAUUUGGAUGUGAUUGGGAUUUCUUGCAGAAGAUGAUAUUUGCAUCAAGCCUUAGUAAUAACAGUACAUUAUGUACCAAAAACCAAUUUGGAAAUUUUGAUGAAAAUCUUAUCAGGAAGGUUGAAUCUGUUAACGAUGUUAUCGCUCUUGUUAAACAAUGUCAAUCUAAUGACCAAAUUCCGAUAGAGUUGUAUGAUAAGCACAAUCCACAACAUAUUAAGUUCAUCAACAAGUCUCUGUUCGAACAUAUGGACGAAUUCCCAAAAGUGCCUGUUUUACAGAUAAACUUACAGAUUCAAGGGAGAGGCAGUAUUCAAGAUAAUUCAAGAAUCUACAGAAUUCCUUCCGAAACCAGAAACCAAUACCUAAGAGGUACGUUCGACCAUUGCCCACCGCCUACAGAUCUAAUUGGAUUUGUGACAAGUGGUUCCUACAAUUUAAACCUAGGAUUCGCAUCAGGAAUUGGAUGUAUAGUAGCAAGUCAUAAGGAUGAGCUUGUAUUGGUUAGAAAUGUUGGAUCAUCCUUGACAAGGUUAGCAAAGUGGUCUAUUAUAUAA